AUGCAGGGCUAUACCUCCAAGCAGUUUUUACCUCAGCUACGGUCUCUUGACAAAGCGCAGCCAUUGCAGCUACAACCGCCACCGCAGCCUCAUCAGCAGCAGCCACCGCAGCCUCCGCCGCAGCCUCCGCCGCAGCAGCAACAGCAGCCAGCGCAGCCUCCACAGCAGAGGCCAUCACAGCCUCCGCAGCGGCAGACGCCGCAGCCUCCGCAGCAGCAGCCGCCGCAGCCGCAGCAGCCGCGGCGGCAACAUCAGAGGGGGUAUUCACCGCAGCCUCCGCCAGGGUCGCCGACACUGCCGACGCCUCCGGCCGCUCCGCAAAGACCGCAAUCGACCGCUGCGCGAAAGGUGACCCUCCAGCUUGCCACCUGGAAGCUAGAGCGGCUAGACAUCCCGCCGCCUGCUAGGACCAGGCCACCGAGGUAUUGCCUACACCCGUGGGACCUGCGGGUACGCCGGUACACCUCGCCGAGGUACCAACAGGCGCAUCCACCGGCGAGGCAACAGGAGCUGUCCUCUGGUUCAGAGUGGGAGGCCCCCAACCCGGAAACGACGAACCGCAAAUCCGAGGACAUCAACGGCAACUACUGGGGCCCGGAGAAGAAGACUCUGACGCAGCCCUCGCUCAUCUACCGAGAGCGAGUCACCGAAAAGCGUCGAACCACCUAG